AUGCUGGUUGGAAACCAGGAAAAGUCGGUUUUGGCACUACCGUCGUACACGGAAGGGCUGGUCGGAGGCGACCCAUACUGGUUGAGAAGUGUAUGCAACGCCAUUCGGGUGACGCCCGUCCCUACCUAUGAGGAGAUGCUCGUGUGGGCAGAAGAGACGGACAGGCGCAUAGCCACCGGGCAGCUUCCGCCUUUAGGCUCGCGGCGCCCCCCCUCAGGAGAUGCAGCGGUCACGGUGACAGCCGCUGAGCAGCAAGGGGCGGGGGCAUGCCUUCUCAGCGACCACGAACAGGCUCAGAUGGCAACCCUUUCGGAGCUCCUGAGUAAACGCCGGCGACAGAGCCCUCCCCUGUCUGACGAGGAAGAGUCUGCCCUAAGAGCCGCCAUGGCGGGCCUGUCGGCGUCGGUGGAGAAGGACACUGACGCGAAAGCCCUAGACGUCGCUGCCGAUACCUCGUCUGGCCCUGACACUUCCGAUGGUGACAUCACCGCUGCCGGUCACGAAGCGGAGGCGGAAGACAUUAUUCCAAACCACAUCUAUGGCUCACGAGAGGACGCGGCCGAGAGAGAGGCCGAGCAGCGAGCGGGAGAAUCGUGACGAAAUGCGGGAAUCUCGUGG